AUGCCUCCCCACAUCGUCCUCCUCGGCACCUGCGACACCAAACUCCCCGAACUCCUCUACCUCCGCUGCCGCAUCCUCACUCACUCCCCCUCCGCCCGCAUAACCCUCAUCGACGUUGGCCGCACGCCCUCCUCCGACCCCGCUGUCACGAUACCCCAAUCCCAGCUUCUCGAAUACCAGCCUUCCUCCCCGACGCGUCUUGACGCGGAUGCCCUCCAAAACCUCCCCCGCGGCGAGCUGCUAGACAAAAUCUCCAAGCUCGCAACCGCAUGCCUUCUCGAUCUCCUCUCAGAAGACCCAAUACACGGCGUCGUCGCGGCUGGUGGGAGCGGCAACACAUCCGUCGCGGCUGCCGUGAUGCAGGCGUGUCCAGUCGGGCUGCCUAAGCUGCUCGUUUCAACCGUCGCGAGUGGAGAUGUGGGACCCAUUGUGGGCGAGUCAGAUAUCUGCCUCAUGUACAGUGUCGUGGAUGUUGCGGGGCUGAACAGUGUGCUGAGGAGCGUGCUGGAUAAUGCUGCUGGCGCGAUUGCGGGGAUGGCGGCGGCGUAUAAGGUGCGGGAGGAAGAGAAGGCGAAGGAGGAGGGAGAGAAGAAGAUACAGGUGGGCAUAACCAUGUUUGGGGUUACGACGCCGUGUGUGGAUGUUGCGCGGAAGCGGUUGGAGGAAAACGGGUGUGAGGUCUAUGUGUUUCAUGCUACAGGGCAUGGGGGAAGGGCUAUGGAGAGACUCGUUGAUGAAGGGGCACUAGACGCGGUGCUGGACGUCACAACAACGGAGAUUUGCGACCACUUAUUUGGCGGCAACAUGAGCGCUGGUCCGGAUCGACUGCUGGCUGCGGCAGAGAGGGGCAUUCCAUACAUUGUCUCGCUCGGAGCGUGUGACAUGGUCAACUUCGGCCCAAGAGACACAGUGCCAGAGAAAUUCAAAGACCGGAAUCUGCUGGUUCAUAACUCGAUGGUAACGCUUAUGCGGACAAGCGAAGAGGAGUGUAAACAGGUGGGUGCUUGGAUCGGGGAGAGACUGAAAGAAUCCGCCAAAGUCCCUUCGAUGGUCCAGGUUUGGAUGCCACUCCAUGGUGUCAGCGUGCUUGAUGUUGAAGGCGCGCCCUUUCACGAUCCCAAAGCCGAUGAAGCUUUGUGGAGGUCCCUGGGACGGAAGAUGGAAGGGUCAGAAAUCAUAGCCGAUGACUGGCCGAUGAACAUUAACGAUGAGAGAUUUGCGACUAAAAUUGCAGACAGAUUGCUACAGCUUAUCCUAACCCAUGAAGGAUCCUUAUGUUCCUAG